AUGUGGGCCGUCGACAGUGGUGCAACGCACCACGUUUGCCACAAAAAGACCAAGUUUGCAAGUUUGGUAGAGCGCAACGAGGGCGAACUAUUGGUGGCUGAUGGCAACAAGGUGGCCAUCAAGGAUGUUGGAACCAUCAUAGAAAAUGUGGUUCUGACCAACGGCGAAGAGCGCGAGAUCGAGAUCAAGAACGCGUUACAUGUUCCCAGUCUGAGCAAGAACCUGCUUUCGGUGCCACAGACUAACAGGCAUGACAUCUCCAAGUCGUGUUUGACGGGUCCAAGAUCGAUCGACAAAUGGGACACAAGUGAAAACAUUGUGAUGGUCUACAUGCGCGAAUGGGUCACCCCCGCUCCAGUCGACGUACUGCGCAAGAUGAUCACGACCAACAUGAUCAAGGAUGUGCGAGUCCCUCUCAAGUUGGGUGGAGCAAGUGCAUGCCGCGGGUGUCAACAAGGUGAAAAAGUCCAAAAACCAUUCCCAAGCAACCGCGACAAGCGCAGCUAUGAUAAGUGUGAGCUGCUUCAUCUGGACAUCUGUGGGUCCAUGGAAAAUGAUUCGCUCGGUGGUAGCAGAUAUCUGCUACUGAUCAGUGAAGACUACGUCCGGAAGUACAUCACUGUGGUUCAGACGCAGUUCAGUAAGAAGGUCAAGUUUGUGCGACACGACGGAGCUUGCGAGCUCGCAACCAACUCGCUUCAAAUGUUCUACAAAGAUGAAGGCAUUGAACAGCAAACAACGGUGACAUAUGCGCAUCAAACCAACGGAACAGCAGAGCGUGCCAUUUGGACUAUCCUUACGAUCGGCCGCAGCAUGCUUCAUCAUGCCAAACUAGACAAUUGUUUCUGGGCUGAAGCAGCGAUGACGGCCAUCUACGUCAAGAAUCGACUGCCGUCACCUAAAGUCGUACUCAAGAAUACGUUUGAGAUCGUCUACAACUCGACGCCAAGCGUCAAGCACAUGCAAGCAUUCGGGCGCCAGACGUACAUACUGACGCCAAAGGAGAAUCGGCUUAAGUGGGAUCCAAAGGCUCGCACUGGCAUAUUCGUGGGCUACGAAGAAGUGUCGAAGGCGUAUCGAGUUUAUGACAUCGAGGCGGGACAGGUGGUUAUCAGUCGCGAUGUCAACUUCGACGAGUCCACCUUUGGACUUCCGCCGCCGAUCACUGAUGAAGAUGCCGAUGACCUGGACUUCGAAUUGCUUGACCUCAAUGAUGAAGAGCCGCGUCAGGUGGAGUACAAGCAAACAGGCAAGCGCAAAAACCGCCUCAGUGAUGAAGAUACAGCAGCUCCACGUCCACGUGCAGUGCGUCAACGACCUGGACUAGAAGAGUCAACCGCGCUAGAAAACAACUCGUCACGCCAAGAAGAAGACGAAGAAAGGAAGGAUUCUGAUGAAUCAACUCCGCCUGUGUUUUGGCAUGCGAGUGCGAAUGUCGUUGAAACAGCAGCAGACUUAUCAGAGCCCUACACAUUUGAGGCGGCAGUGAGCGGCCCUGACCAAGUGCACUGGCAAAUGCCAUUUAUGCGGAACUCGAGUCGGUGCGCCUUCGCGAUCAAGCGCAAGGCGGAUGGGUCAAUCGAGAAGUACAAGGCACGACUUGUGGCCAAGGGUUUCCGCCAAAAAUAUGGCAUCGACUACACGGAGACAUUUUCAUCCGUGGUCAAGUAUGUGACGCUGCGAAUGGAGAUUGCAAUUUCCAAUAACUUUGGAUGGCCCAUCGACCAGCUUGAUGUGAUGACGGCUUUCCUGUAUGGCGUCAUGAAGGAACAAGUGUUCUGCGUGAUUCCUGGAGGCGUUGAGCUUCAAGCGUCGCGAGUGUGGAACGAGACGUUCGACGAGUUUGUGUGCUCCAUUGGAAUUCAAGUAUCGGACUUCGACCCAUGUCUCGAGAUCAAGACUUCGGUCGGCCAUUGUGUAUUUGUACUGGUCUACGUGGACGACGUCUUGGUGACUGGAAGCUCGCUCGAGCUAAUUACACGAACCAAGAACGACCUGAAGACACGUUUCGAGAUGACAGACAGCGGCAAAUGUGCAUUUGUUCUUGGGAUCGAGCUUUUGGACGGUGAAGAUGGCAGUGUGAAUAUGUGUCAGCGCCGUUAUGUCUGA